ACCACCAAGUGCAGCCAACGAGAGAGCUCAACAUUCCAACAUAAAAUACCAAACUAGUGCCAAAAUUACAUAUCAGUGCUGAAAAUCGUAGCAUACUUUACGGCGGUACAACCCUUUAACCUACCAUUCCAACCACCCACCCCACAGUAUUCGUUGCAUUUUGUUGGACAACAAUCCACGUUUAGCCGAGGCUUCCUGUGCAUGUGAGCCGUGCCUCAAGUGAUACCCAAACACCUGCCAAAAUCUCUACAUACAUACGUACAAAUCCAGUUGCUUAAACAUUUGAAGUGUGUGCAAGGCAUCAGCAACAUAGGGCUCGCCGAGACUGCCGUACUGGACAUUAUGGCUGCUAACCUACAACAGCAGCGCAGUAUCAACGAACAGCUGCGUCGCGAAGCGGUUGUUCCGCGCAUACAGGUGUCUGAAGCCUGCCAGCUGAUGAUGAAGUAUGUGCUGGAGCAUGAGGGUGAAGAUUGCCUGCUGAAUGGGUUUGCCAGCCAAAAGGUGAAUCCGUACAGAGAGAAGAACUCUUGUAGUAUUUUGUAAAUGGAUUAGUAUUUUUUUUGUUUCUUUUCAAUGACGGGCUGGACUUAACUUAUAAAAUACUUAUACUAGGUACAUUUAAAUGUAUGGAUUAUAAAUUGUUCCUAGGUGUGUGUGUCUUUGACUGAAUGUAGUUGAAUUAAAAAAAACUAUAUUUUUCAAAUUCACACUGAGCAAACUAAAAUUUCUGUUUCGUUUUAUAAAAAUGUUUUAAGUAGUAAACAAAUUUAUACUCGUUCUAGUUAUAAAACCUCAAAUUAACUGGAGCUGUCGAGAUUAUGUAGUAACGAUAAAUGGCUAUUAAAAACUGUAUGUAUAUACUAAUACUCUAGUAAAAAUUUCUAAUAAUA